AUGAAUGUAUACAAUUCUUCCAACAAUUCCAAUGAAGAAGAUGCUGAUCUUACUAUGAUAAAUCAUUCAUUUUUAUAUGGUCAAAAUGAUGAACCAAUGAGUACUUGUUUACCCGUUCUAAGACGUUUACAACAGACUAAUCAAUCACCAAGUAAUACCCAAGCAGCUAUUUCAAAACCUAUUAAUAAUCGUUCGAAUACUAAUUUUAAAAAUGAUCAUAAAUUUGCUGAUUCUAAUUUAAUUGAAAGUGCUGAACAAAUCGAACAAAUUUUAGAAUAUUAUCGAAAAGAACUUAAACAAGAAUCGAAUACUCAAUUAGAUUGUGAUCGACAAUUAAUAACACGUCUUACUGAUUUUAUUCGGCCAAUAUAUUCUUCAAAUCAAAAAAAAAUGAAAGAUUUAGAUAUUUUAUUUGAUGAUAUAUCUGUUCUACAUGAUAAACGAUUUUUUGAUGAAAAAGAACAAAAUGAACAAUUACAUACUAAAAUUCGUCAUUUAAAAAAAUCUAUGGUAUCACCUACCAAUGAUGAUGAUGAUAGUAGAAAUAGUCUUAUGACAAAUUUAUAUCGAAUAAAUUCAAUAGUAGAUUAUGAACGAUGGAUGGAAAUGGAAGAAGAUAGUAGAAAACUUCAAAAUUUAGUUCAAACACAACGUGAUCAAAUUGAUAAACUUAUUGAACUUUUAUCACAACAAGAAACAAUAAAUAAUGAAAAUCAAACUCUAACUGUCAAUGAAUUACCUCCAACAACUAGAGAAUCACUGAAUGACAUAACGAAAAGAUGUUCUUUAUGUAAUUUUGAAUUUCCAUUAACCUAUACUGAGGAACAAAUAAUCAAUCAUUUUGAAAAAUGUUUAACUACAACAAGUAUGGAAGCUCGAAAUAUGACUCCCGGAGCUAAACAAUUGGAAUGUCCAUAUUGUAAUAAAAAAUUAGAAACGAUGGAUGAUAUGAUUUAUCUUGAUCAUGUUGCAAAAUGUUGUAAUGGACUAGCUGAUCUUCUUGCAGAAUGA